AACCGUGAGAGCCGCGCCCCUGUCGCCGGAGCAGCGACAUGGGAUCCCGGGGCAGCGCGGGGUCGCCCCGCCGCCUGCCCCGGGCUGGCUGAGCUGUGCGUCCUCACGCUGCAAGUGGUCGCUGAGCGACGAGGGGUGCGCUGCUGGCCUGAGCGACCAGGACGAGAUCCAUAGAGAAGCCGCAGCCGAGUCUGCAAAUGUCCGUUUCCUUUGUCCCUGCCAGUGGGGAUCUGGGAGUGGUCCGGAAACUAGGGAACUGCUUUGGGUACUCCUGGUGUAGGGAAGACUACACUGGGCAAAGAGCUUGCAGGAAGAGUAGGGGCAACAUAUGUUAAUGUGGGUGAUUUGGCAAAAGAAGUAUAAAGGGAAGGGUAACCACCUUUCUGUAUACAGUGCUAUAAAAUCCCUCCUGGCCAAAGGAAAAAUCCUUUCACCUGUAAAGGGUUAAGAAGCUAAGGUAACCUCGCUGGCACCUGACCCAAAAUGACCAAUGAGGGGACAAGAUACUUUCAAAUCUGGAGUGGGGGACAAAGGGUUUUGUCAGUCUGCGUGAUACCUUUGCCGGUAACAGAUCAAGGAUGCAAGCCUUCCAACUCCUGUAAAGUUAGGGAAUUAUAUGAAGGCUUUGAUGAGGAAUAUGAAUGCCCAAUUUUGGAUGAAGACCGAGUAAUUGAUGAACUAGAAGACAAAAUGAAUGAAGGUGGAGUUAUUGUUGAUUAUCAUGGCUGUGACUUCUUCCCAGAACGCUGGUUUCAUAUAGUAUUUGUACUUCGCACUGAAAACUCAUUUCUGUACGACAGACUUGAAAGCAGAGGGUACAAAGGGAAAAAACUACAGGACAACAUUCAAUGUGAGAUUUUUCAGACUAUUUAUGAAGAGGCAAUGUCAUCUUAUAAGGAAGAAAUUGUACACCAGUUGCCUAGUAACACGCCAGAGGACCUGGAGCGGAAUUUAGAUCAGAUUAUACAGUGGAUUGAGCAGUGGAUGAAAGACAACAACUGAAAUCUGAGGAAAAAGGAACACGGACUUUUUUUUUUUUUUUUCAGGUUAUUCUGGCUGCUCAAUAAAUGAAAUUUGUAAUUGUGGCAUGGUAAAUUAACCUUUUUUAGUCACUGAAGUAUAAUUGAACAAUGAUAACUUUUUAAUCUGAGUAAAAACUGAGGAAUUAUAAUAACGAUUGAUCAUACUGAUGAAUCUGACAUGGUUAAAUUAAAAUAAUGCCAAUCACUGACAGAUGGAUUUUGUACCGAGAGGAGCUGAGAUCUAUAUUAUCAAAUGGUUAUAGAGGGAAGUCAGGAGCGCACAGGCUAUUCUUGCAUUAGAGAAAGCUCCAGGCUGCAGUGGAGCGUGUAUAUAUUUGGAGGCUUAUGUUCAUGGCAGAUAUGUGAAAUGCAUGACUUUUGUGAGCUGUUUUCAAACGCUAAGAUAUUUUAAAACAGCAGAAGCUUCUUCAUAGCAUAGGGGAGCAUAUCCUCAUAUAUUUCUCCAUAAUAUAAACCAUUGCUCAUUUUAUGUUGAUUAUUUUACUCACUUUGGGUGAAUUUUAAAGUUUUUGUGAAUGGAAAGUUUAAAGAAGCAGCAGUAUAUCAUUUUGUGGAAAGGGGAGUGUGAAUUACUGUUUGAGAACAGAUGUAAGUGACUACAGUGAAACCUGAGCUUGACUGCCUGUGGUCACCUGUCAUAAUGGCCAGUUAAAUGUCAGUCCCUGCAAGAAUUCCUCUUUAUUGUACUGCAUUAUGCAUCCAGCUGUUAUUACAACUACAAUAAUA